AUGGCAACUGCUCCCAUCUCUUCUUCUACAUCAAUCCCUUCUCAAACUUCACCAAACCUGACCUCUUCAACUACGACAUCUCUGUCUUCUGUUGUCCCUACCACCUUCAAUAUUUCUCAUAUUUUCCCAACUCCUAUGGAUCGUACAAAUUAUUCGUCCUGGAAAUCCCAAUUUGAGGAUGUUCUCGAACGAACUAAUCUUGAUGAGAUUGUCAACCUCGAAACCCGGCCGGAGAAAAAGUUGUCUGAUGGCUCCGUCAAUCAAGUGUACUCACAAGACAAGUUAGUGAUGAGUUGGAUCAAAGCAACGUCAUCUCUCUCUGUCAAGACACUCCUAAUUCCAUGCUUGAGCUCAUAUGAAGCGUGGACACUUGGAGAAAAGACCUCUCUCCUCUUUCCAAAACCCAUGUACGAUCCUUGA